UCGUCUUCUUUUCUCUUCGAGGGCGCUCUUGACUCACAUCCCGCGCGCUACAUCAUCGAAAAGCGUCUAACAUUUUCCUCUCUUUUCAUCUCGAUUCUUUCAUCAAAUCGGUUACAAGUUGUGUGGAAAUUUAAAUUCUGAGCCGCAGCCGAUCAGUGUGAACGAGGUUUUCAUUGUACUGUUGUUUGCACACGAUUUGUUCAAGCAGCGACAAGGACCUUCUUGACAUUAUUUCAACAAAUCUCCUUCAAACAUGGCUGCCGAUACGCCGGUAAUGGACAGCAGCGUGGUAACGGAGACGGCCACCACAACGGUGGACACCACCACAACGGAGGCACCCAGGACGACGCCGGACGUGGUUCUUCAUCAUUUCGGACGCACGGCGGUGGUGCCCGACGUGUCGCCGUUUGGACUCAAAUUGGAGACCUAUCUGCGCAUGACCAAAGUCAAUUUUGAAAACGAUUUCGCGAAGCCGCAUUCGAGCAAGACGGGCAAAGCGCCGUGGCUGACGUACGCCGGACAGGAUGUGAGCGAUUCAUCCAUGUGCAUUGACUUUUUGAAACUGAAGACCGGACUGGAUCUGAACAGUACGCUGACGCCGAGCGAAAAGGGAAUUAAUCGGGCCUUCCAGAAGCUCGUGGAAGAGGAACUCUACUGGGUGCUGGUGUUAUGGCGCUGGAGCUACGACAAGGAGGAGACCGUGGUCAAGCAGUUCCCGUUCAGCAAACUGAAAGAUCUGAUCCUGCCCAAGAUCAUCCGCAGCCGGCUGAAGGCGCAGGCGCAUGCCCAUGGAAUUGGACGCUUCACGGCCCCGGAAGUGAUGAAGAUGGGCGAGGAUGAUGUGACGGCCAUUGGCGAGUAUCUGGGAUGCAAUCCACGCCAAGCUGAAGGAAAUUCAACAGAAGGAUAAAAUCAACAAACCCCUCGUGGAUUAUAUCUUCGUGCUGUUUGAUCCGUGCAACGAUGCGACGGUUCUGCGGAGUAAACUGGUGGAUUUUCUGGGUGAUAAAACGGAUGUCUUCGUCGAAUGGUGGGUUCUUCGUCGUCGUCGCCACAGUUAACGGGCAAAAUCCUGACUUUGGCAUUUUUCUGAAGCGCAAUCGGAGAUAGCUGGCAAGCAGUCAUCUGCUGGCGCCCCGGAAGGCACCGCUGCCACGACCAAACCCACUCCCUGUCCGGAAAAAGAUACAUCCACCGUUCCCACUGUGAAAACGGAUCCGCCCAGUGAAGCGCA